AUGGAUAUGUAAAUUUCUCCUAAAGAUAAUCCUCCUAUUGGUAUUAUAAUGAUUUAUAAUAAUUUAGAUGCAGGAAACAUUGUUUAGGAAAUUUAUAGGGAGGAAUACAUUCCAGUUUAAUAGAUUUAAAGAAGAGAGGAAGAUGCAGUAUUUAUUGAUGAAAACCCUUAAAUUGUUUUGGAGAAACUCAUGAAGUUGAAGGAUUGCAAUUAUAAAGAGAGGUAAAUUAAAUAGUAAAAAUAGACUUGCUUUUACGAAAAGAUUAGGAGAACUGUUAACAUGGAUAGGAGAUUCUUCAAUUGAAAAUUUAAAUAUAAUCAUUUAAUAGAUAGUAAAAAUAAGGUUUUAAUUGGUAGUUAGAAGAUGCUGAUGAAAUUAAGAAAAAUUUUAUAGCCCAAUUAGAGUAAAUCUGUGUACUUUUGAAAACAAAAUAAAAUAGUUAAGAGCUCAUAAAAUAACAUGUAGUAAAGGCUUUGUAGGAAUUAUUAAAAUCAAAUAAUUUUGAUGUAACUAAUUGAUUCAAAAUAAGAUCAAAGAAUAAGCUGGUAACUCUAUAAGUAUUGUGGCAAAAGAACUAAAUGAAAGAGAUCGAGGAAAUCUCAUACUAACUUAAGUUAUUCAAAUGGCACAUGAUGAUAAUAAUGAUGAGAAUGUUAUAAUUGCUGUUAAAGUUAAUACCAUAAUAUAUUUAAUAGCUAUUUGGGUAAUUGGCUGCAGAUUUUGGAUCUGAAUUAUCAGAGUCAUUUAUAGCAUUAGAAAUCUUAUCCAAGGGAGAUGAUGCUAAGUAACCAAUACGUAAAGAGGCUAUUCUUUAAUUGGCCAACAUUGCUAAAGUUCUCUCUAAAGAUUUUAUCAAACAUAGAUUAAUCCCAUUUUUUUCUAAGUAAAUUUUAGAUUGAAUAAUAAAGAAAAACUGAAGAGAGAACUUGGCAAACAAGAAAGGCCUGUCUUGAUAUUAUAGUUCAAUUAGCUGAAUAGACAGACACAGAAAAUUUUGAUUUGAUUACAGGAAGAUUACUUGCAUUGUUAGAGUAAAAUUUAAUUAAAUAUAAAUAGUGAUUAAAAUAAAUGGGUCAAAUAACAUGCAUAUAAAUAAUUAGGAAAAUAUAUAUCAAUUAUUACAAGAUCAGAAAAUAUUAAUGAUAAACUCUUAGAAUUUUAUUUGAAAAUGAAUGAUUCUGAUAUUAGGGAAUUAGGAAUUGAUAAUGAAGUAAAAAACAAUUAUAUAUUAAAGAUUGUUAUUGAAUGUGCAUUAUAUUUCCCAGCAGUACUAUAAGUAUACACUGAUAAAAAAUGGCCUCAACUAAGCAAAUUAUUUAUGAAAUUGAUUAAUCAUAAGGAUAAGGUAUAUAUACAUAAUAUUUCUUUGAGAGUCAAAAAACCUUUAGCUUGUAGUAUUCAUGUUCUAGCUAAAUUUUUGGGACCUUAAUAGGCUUAUUCAGAAUUGCUUAAAGUCUUAGAACAAUUACUUUAAGAUCCAAAUGAUGAAAUUAAACAUGGUGCAGUUGAAAAUUUAGGAUUAUUUUUUGAUGCUAUCGAAGAAUCUAAAAGAGCAUCUCUAAUUGAUAUUUUAUUGAUUAUAUAGAAGGAUUAAAAGAAAUGGAGAAUUAGAGAAUUAAUUGCUAAAUAAAUUUCCCACUUAGCUCAAGUGUUUGAUGUUGAAACUGUUUUUUCUAUUAUACUUCCAGUUUCAACUAAAUUGUGCAAUGAUAAUGUUUUUGCUGUUAGAAAAGCAGUAAAUAUUUUAAUAAGAAAUAGGCUGCAAAAUAAAUUUAUGAACUUUAUGAUAAAUUUUCAAAAAGUUAAAAUGAACUAUAUUUCAAUGUAUUGAAAUAAAACAUUUUAGGUUUUGCAAAUAGUAAUAUGUUUAAUUAAAGAUAAAGGUAUUUGAUUAAUUGAAUAUUAGUUUUGUUAUUAUGUGUGAGAAACUUAUGAAAUUUGAACAAUUUUAAGUUGAUUUUCUUGAAGCUUUCAUUCAUUUGGGUUAAGAUCCUAUAAAGAAUGUUCGAAUUUCAGUUGCAAAAGUUCUUCAAAAACACUUAUUUAAACCAAAUUAAUAAGCCAAUGAAGGAUUUUUUAGAGACCAAACUUCAAUUUAAACACUUUGGAGUUUGUUAAUUAAAGACAAAAUAGUUUUUAAUUCUUUAAAUAAAAAGAAAUAUCCAAUUGUAAAGUAAAAUAAUUUAAAAUAUUUAGUUUGUAAAAGGUUCAAUAAACAUAAUUAACUUAAAGUUAAGUUAAAUUACAACAAAAUGAAUAAUAAUAAUAAUAAUAAUAAUAAUAAUAAUAAUAAUAAUAAAUUAUAUCUGAUGAUGAAUAAUAAAAAAUAAAUAAUGCUACAGUUCCUGAUGAAAAUUCAAAUAAAGAAAUAAUGAUUUUAGAAGAAUAAUUUGAAAAGAGCAAUCAUAUUGAUCAAAACAAUAACAAUGUUGAAUUAAUAAAUUAAGAGGAAGAAAUCACAUAAACUAUUGAUAACAAUGAGAUUGAUAUUUAGUAAAAUAAAUAAGAAGAGAAUUUAGAAACUAAAAUUCAAUUAGAGUCAGAUAUUAAUGAGAAAUAAUAAGAAGAUUAGAUUCAAUAAUAAUAAUAAGAUGAGCAAAAGGAAGUUUAAAAUGAUUCCUAAAACAUUCAAGACGAUGAUGAAAAAGAAAUAGAGUAAGAGUGA